GUCAUGUUCAAAUCCAUGCAAAAAAAGAUUCAAACAAAACCAUAACAUAUUCACAAUCACAUCAUUUUCUGAACCACAACUAAUUUCCUAGUCUGAAACAGAGCCCAAUAAUGGCGUCUAUGGCAACUCUUACUGCAGUGCAGCCCACCAGUAGUGUCAAGGGCCUAGCCGGAAGCUCCAUUGCUGGAACUAAACUAAAUGUUAGAUCAUCUCGCCUCAAUUUGAAGCAAUCUAAAUCCAGGGCUGGUGCUGUGGUUGCAAAAUAUGGUGACAAGAGUGUAUACUUUGACUUGGAGGAUUUGGGCAACACAACUGGUCAGUGGGACUUGUAUGGAUCAGAUGCACCUUCACCCUACAACUCCCUUCAGAGCAAGUUCUUUGAGACAUUUGCUGCUCCUUUCACAAAGAGAGGUCUGUUGCUCAAGUUCUUGAUAUUGGGAGGUGGCUCAACUCUUGCUUACUUCAGUUCAACUGCAUCAGGGGAUAUCCUACCAAUCAAGAAAGGCCCCCAACUUCCACCAAAGCUCGGUCCACGUGGCAAGAUCUAAUUGCUUCCCAAUCCAAAAUUUCUUUACCUUAAUUUUGUAAUUGAUGUAUCAUCUAUAUAACAGCCUGUAAGUGUACAUUGAAGCUUACCUCAGACCUCUGUUACAACAAGAUAAAUCUUCUGGAAAGUUUGAAGCAUUGCUUUCUAAGUUUGUAGCUUAUGAUAUUUUAUCAUCUUCGCUCGGA